CUUGAUGGCCCUCUCCGUAAAAAUGACAGAUUCAAGGGCACCAAUAACUAACUAGUUAACUAGCUAACUAGCUGAUAGGAAGGCUACUUUGUACCACACACAGCUGUUCAUAAAAGAGGCGAGCUGAAAAGGACACGCCGCGAACAAGGGACCGAGCGCAAAACAUGACAGACAGAAUGAUGAGAGCAAUCGAUGUGGAAGGCGGGAGAGGGAGUGCCGAUGCCUUAUUUAUUAAUGAAAUACCGGUUCCUGAACCCGGGGAGACCCAAGCAUUAAUAAAAAUCAAGGCUUUCGGGCUGAACAGGAUGGAUAUAUUACAGCGUGAGGGUAAAUACCCUGUGCCCCCCCAAGCGCCUAGUACGAUGGGUGUUGAGUUCUCUGGGACGAUCGAGAAGCUCGGCCGAAACCCUGAGAUUGGCUUCAAGCUUGGAGAUGAAGUGUUUGGCCUAGCUUACGGUGGCGCCUAUGCGGAAUACAUUGCCGUCUCAACGCAUAUGUUAAUACACAAGCCCGUGGAAUUAUCGUGGGAGGAGGCAGCUGGAAUUCCUGAGACUUGGAUAACAGCCACCCAAGCCCUAUACUUGAUAGGUGGAUUUAAGCCAGGAAAUUCGGUUCUCUGGCAUGCAGGCGCUUCAUCUGUCUCCAUAGCUGGUAUUCAGCUCGCUAAAAAUGAUGGCGCAUCUGCCGUGUUCGUGACUGUAGGUUCCCAGGAGAAGAUCGACUUUUGUCUUGAUAAGCUGGGUGUCACUGCCGGAUACAACUAUAAAACCCAGGAUUGGGCAUCUGAACUUUUAGAAGCGACGGAUAAUCGCGGUGUUGACCUAAUCAUCGAUUUUGUAGGUGCAACGCACUUCCAGAGUAACUUAAAUGUUGCAGCUCGGGAUGCGCGUAUAGUUCAGUUGGGACAAAUGAGUGGUUCAAUCCUCCCUGCAGGUGUUGACAUCAGCAGCCUCCUGAGGAAGAGGGUUAGGUUGGAAGGUAGCACCCUCAGAAGCCGGGGCGAGGGAUACCAGAAGAAAUUGCGUGAUUUGCUGGUCAAGCGUGCACUGCCAAAGUUCCGGGAUGGUACUUUUACUGUCUUCAUCGAGAAGGUUUUACCUUUCGAGCAUGUUGCAGAUGCCCAUAUAUUGCUAGAGAGCAACUGUACCAAGGGCAAGGUGAUUUGUACAGUUGACUGAAGGACUUGUGUCAACAUCAUUGCGGGCUUAUGGUAAGCAAGUAGGGGUAACCUUUGUUCUACUAUCAUUGCAUGGGAUAGGUGGACCUAUAAGGCUAUUUAAAACAUGUCUAUGAUGAAUGAGGAGUUGACAAGCACACAGGCGAAAAACAUACAAUACAUUAAUCUACUUGCCUAGUACUUUAGCUAGAUAUAUACCCUUACAUACAUAGUACAUAAAAUAUUUUA